AUGGAGGAAAAUAGCAACCUCGGUGAUGCCGCCGAAGAUGGGGCGGCGACUGGCCAUAUCUUCUUCAAGGACGUGGCCAAAAGUCAUGAGCAGCUGGAUCAAGCGCUUCAAGGCUACAAGGACGUAGCCGACAAGGAAGAGCAGAGAGCUGCUGAAGCGUACCAGAAGCUGGGCGCAUACAAGAACUCCAUCACAAACCUGCGUAGCCCGCUCCAGCAGAUCUCCUCUCAAGUGAAGCAGUUGCAUUCGAAGAUGGUCAAAGUGUUGGAGGCAGAUGAGAGGGAGCGGCUGGAGCCACUGAACAGUUUGGAAGCAAAGCUUGAGCCGGAGAGCCAUGAGUUGGCAUGA